GCCGCCCGAGACGGCGGCUUCCACAGGGAGAGCAUCGGCCGCGACUUCGCGGCGCCGGAGCUCAUGUCGCCCAGCUUCUACGGCUCCUCGCCGCCUGUCAGCGCCGAUCGCCGGUCGCUGACGGCGGGGGCGUACCAUGGGUCUGGCUUCCCGUCGUAUGUGGCGCCCCGCCUCUUCGCGCCGUCACAGGGCCUCGGCGCAGCGGCGGCCAGUGACACUUGGAACCCAAAAGCAGCCACUGCCACGAAUGUCACCAAGCACAACGACGCGGGCGUGACAGCCCAAGUUCAACCGUCCCUCUCCUCCUUCGUCCACAACCACAACCACACCCCUCCUCCUCCUCCGCGCGGUCCCCCCGUCCCCGACCUCUACAGUUCCCCCCUCUCUGCUACGGCUGCAGCCUUCACCGACCGCGACCCCCGCGAUCUCUAUCUCUCUCAGCGACAUCUCCACCAGCAGCCACAGCAGCACCACCCCCAGCCCGCCUCCCCCGCCGCGCAGCUCCAGCACCCGAGCCCGCAGUCCCUCCCCUCUCCAACAACCAGUGCAGCCACUACCCGCUCUACACUCUGGUGGGGCGAACUCGAGCCGUGGAUGGACGAAGAGUACGCUAAGCAGGUCUGCAGCAUCAUGGGCUGGGACCCCCUCAGCAUCAAGGUCCCUCGCCCUGCGCCCGACCCCAUCACCGGCCAGCAGGCCAACAACCCGGGAUAUUGUUUCCUGACGUUCCCCUCCCAAUCCCACGCCGCUUCCGUGUUGUCGCAGAUCAACAACAACACCGGGAACCCCAUCAUUAUGCCCAACUCGAGCAAGCCGUUCUCGCUCAACUGGGCGUCGUCCGUCCCUUCCGCGUCCAUGCCACCAGCAGCGCCGGGCCAGACGAUCACCCUCCCCAGCGGCCAGAACCCCCAAUACCCGAAAGAGUACAGCAUCUUUGUGGGCGACCUUGCCCCCGAGGUGUCCAAUUCCGACCUCGUCGCUGUAUUCCGCAACCCAGUGCUUGGUCUACGCAACGAUCGGGAGCCUCGCUUCAUUAGGCCCUUCCUGAGCUGCAAGAGCGCGAAAAUCAUGCUCGACCCGGUCACGGGCGUCUCCCGCGGGUAUGGGUUUGUGAGGUUCACCGAUGAGGCAGAUCAACAGCGCGCGCUAGUUGAAAUGCAUGGCCUGUAUUGCCUGUCGCGUCCAAUGCGGAUCUCUCCCGCGACGGCAAAGUUCAAGCCUGCACCCGGUAUGGCAGGCGUUGACUUCUCGCAGAUGCCGUUCCCACUUGUUUCGCCGGCUGCGCCGUCUGCACCCGAGCAGCAAAGCCAAGUCACCGUUGCUUUGCCUCUGCCGAAUGCCGCUCAGGCGAAGAGCGUGUCAGCACCGUUGGCGGGUGCUGCGACAAAUAUGAUGAACGGCGGCAACUUCUCCAAUUCGUCUUCCAAUGCGUCGUCCUUGGGCUCGGGCACCAGUGCCACUUCGUCGUCGACUCUCGUCUCCGCACCCUCCGAAGAGGCCAUGAAGUUUGUGACCGGUGGCGGGAUUCCUGUUGGUGGCAAUACCCCGGCGCCGUCCGUCACGGCAGCGUUCGCUGCCGGUGAGCAGGCGUCUGACCAGAGCAUGGCGCAGAAGUUCAAUAUCUCCGAGGAAUCGUGGAAGCACCACGCACAGGCCCGCGCCAUUCUGUCCAACCUCAUUGGCCCGAAUGGCGAGCAGCUCACGUCUUCCGAUCCUUACAACACGACUGUGUUCGUCGGAGGCUUGUCCCCGCUAAUCUCGGAAGACACGCUGAGGACGUUCUUCGCGCCGUUCGGUGACAUUCACUACGUCAAAGUACCUGUCGGCAAGCAUUGCGGCUUCGUCCAGUUUGUUCGGAAGCCCGACGCGGAGCGUGCGAUUGAGAAGAUGCAAGGCUUUCCUAUCGGUGGCAGUCGAAUCCGCCUGAGCUGGGGUCGCAGCCAAUCCCAAGCAGCCGCUCAAGCCGCGCAGGCAGCUGCCUUUCAGGCCCAAUACCAAACUCAGCUUUCUCAACCGAACGGCACCACAUUGACGCCUGAGCAGGCGAUCCAAUUGUUGGAGAGAUUUGGGAUCAGCAACUUCGGCGCCAAUGGUGGUGGUCCUUCCAACGGUAGUGGAAGCGACGCUCAACCAGCUCUGUACCCAGAUGUCAACGGGAACCGUCAAGCACUCCUGAACGCGUUCAAUCCGUCGAUCUUCGGCUCCCGUCCUGAGACGAACUCGGCGCCCACGACCGCGACUGGGUUCUCGCCUUUCUCGCCCGACCCGAACUAUCUCAAUGAAGGGGCGAAGAGCCAAGACCCCGCUUCCAACGCGCACCAGCAGCCCUUCUCUAACGGCUCUAACGCGUCCAAAGGUUACCCCGCGUGGUACAACCCCUCUCACGAUGAGAAAGUCACGAGCGGCAACGGCAAGAUCUCCCCCACGUCUGCACUGCACGCCAUUCGUCCGCCAAGCACGUCGCAGCGGUUCAAUACUCUGCUCGGAGACCCCUCGUCUGCGUUCCAGAGCGCGCGUUCGUCGUCGCGGCAGGAGGCUCCCAUUAGCAGGCCUGACCUUACUAGGAAGGGCUCGCAAACGCGCGAGCAGUACGGGCACCACGAGCACGAGCAAGACACAAUCCAGGAUCUGAACGGAACGCUCGCCAGCCUGGACCUCAACAAUAGCCCGGGGAUGUGGAUGAGCGGGGACAACACAAACAUGCUCACUUCAUCGUCGUCCUGAAGCCGAUCUCAUGCAACUCGUAUGUCGUCCUUGAAUUAUUUGUCUGUCACAGUCCGUCGUUCGCUCUGUUUCGUUAUGGCUUUGUCCCAACAUACCAUGUCUUCGUGUUUGUCUGCGUCUCGUCCA